UAAGCCAAUCUGCCAGCUACUGGUUCACAUCACAACAUCUAUCCCUCGGUAACAGCCGCAUGCUCGUUCACAUAAGCCUAACCAUACAUUUCGCCGCGCUACCAUGGACACUCAAGCCGUCACUUGCCUCAACAGUCCUGUCGGAGAGCCACCGCCACUCUGUCCUUCACCACCGGUACCCACCGCACCACCACCCAUAACUCGAGAAACCCUCAUCACAAUUAUCGUAAUACUAACUUUCGCCCUCUUGUUCCUGCUGGUCUGCUUUUGCUGUCUCCUGGCGUACCUGGGCUACCGCAAGCUGCUUGCUUCCACUCGCAGACGACAUCAUAGUUGCUGUGUCUGCCUCCAUUAUUCGUGUCAUCGCAGCGUCGAAAGUGGCGAACACUGUCGAAAUGGUGACUUGUCGACGCAACCGGCACUCGCUACAACGAGCUCGCCGCUCAGCGUUGUGGCACGGUGCGGUUCACAGACUUUAGAUCCUGCAUCGCCAUUUCAUCCGAGGUUCAACAGCCCAGCGUCUUCAAUGUCCAGUCCGACGUACAGGACUGGGCACGAUGCAGACAGGUCAACGUCCGAGAUGGAGCACACAGCACCGACACUAUUUCAGGAUACGACGGGCUCCUCACAGAUAAGAACACUUCGAUCGAACGGGUCAUGCUCCAUGAUUGACACGAUUUUCGAUCCGCCGUCGAUGGAAUGGGAUAACUUCGAGGCCUCUCCUGAAGCCGCUCGGGAUGCUAUGCCCUCGGAGGACGGCCAAGACAUCGGGGACAUAGUCAUCGAACGAAGCUCACAUUACUACGCUGGAAACGAUUAUGACGUCGACGAGCGUGACGUCGAAGACGGUGAACUCCACCACGAGGACGACCAGGAUGCGAGCGACCGCUCUUCGUCCAGACUGCUCAUGGAGGGUCUACGACCGCCCGAGCAGUGGGUGUAAGAUACAGAACAGGAAGAGAUAACCUGGUACAUUCCCUCAUCGACUAAUGUAUCGCAUGACCAUAAUUUAACACGCCACCGGCACGCUACAAAUAAAGUGAGCCAAACACGAGAAAAUA